UUGUUUGGAUCAUCGACCUUUACAAAGUUGUAGCACUUCUUGGGCAACUCACAGAUCUUCCUCAAAGUCAUCUAACUUUUUUCCUCUCUCUUUCUCUCUUUCUUCCUCACCUGCAGGUCUGCCAUAUUACCUUCUCUUCUUUCCUAAACUUCUUCUCUCACUUUCUUUUCCUUCAUCUUUUUUUAUUUUAUUUUUUUGGGAUUAAAGGGGUUUUGAUUUUUUUAGCUCAAAUGGCUAAUUCUCCUUUCUGUCUAUUUACUAUCUUUGGAAUCCAAAAGUGAUUUUCUUUCUUUCAUUUUUUUUGUAUUUCUUUCCUUUUAUUUUCUUUUUUUGAGUUGAUAUUUGAUAGAAAAGGAGAUAGAGUAGGUUUGGUGCUUGAAACUCAGCUGCAAGCAUGGCUGCACCGCCAAGUAGCCGGCUUCAAAAUAUGUUGCAGGCGGCGGUGCAAUCGGUUCAAUGGACUUAUAGUCUCUUCUGGCAACUCUGUCCACAACAAGGGAUCUUAGUUUGGGCAGAUGGGUAUUACAAUGGAGCAAUUAAGACUAGGAAAACAGUGCAACCUAUGGAGGUUAGUGCUGAGGAAGCAUCCCUUCAGAGAAGCCAGCAGCUUAGAGAGCUCUAUGAUUCAUUGUCCGCCGGAGAGACUAACCAGCCGGCACGAAGGCCUUGUGCUGCUUUGUCGCCAGAGGACUUGACGGAGUCGGAGUGGUUCUAUUUGAUGUGUGUCUCUUUCUCUUUUCCUCCCGGGGCGGGGUUACCUGGAAAAGCAUAUUCAAGGCGGCAGCAUGUAUGGCUCACCGGUGCUAAUGAUGUCGAUAGCAAGACUUUUUCUAGAGCCAUUCUUGCCAAGAGUGCUCGUGUUCAGACUGUAGUAUGCAUUCCUCUACUUGACGGUGUUGUGGAACUUGGCACAACUGAUAAGGUGCAAGAGGAUCUUGCAUUUGUUCAACACAUCCAGAGUUUCUUCAGUGACCAUCACCACCACAACCCUCAGCCACCAAAACCAGCUCUUUCGGAGCACUCCACUUCCAAUCCUGCCUCAUCAUCGGGCCACACGCGCUUCCACUCACCACCAGUCCCGCCUGUUUACACCUCAGCAGACCCACCUAUCAAUGCCGAGGAGGAGGAAGAGGAAGAGGAAGAGGAAGAGGACGAAGAAGAGGAGGAUGAAGGUGGAGAAUCAGACUCAGAAGCCGAAACGGGCCGUAAUGGUCGUAGGGCCAUGGCAGUCCAAAACCCACAUGCCAUAGUGGCCGUGGCCACAACUGAUCAACCCAGCGAGCUUAUGCAGCUGGAGAUGUCAGAGGACAUCCGACUAGGCUCACCAGAUGACGCGUCAAACAAUUUGGACUCUGAUUUUCACAUGCUCGCUGUUGGAAACCCAAUUGCUGAUCACCACCACCACCACCAACGUCGAGCCGACUCGUACCGAGGCGAGUCAGCCCCAAGAUGGCCAAUGUUACAAGAACCAACAAGCAGUGGAAUUCAAAUUCAACCACCAUCUUCAGGAGGAACUCCUCCAUUAGACGACUUGACACAAGAGGAUACCCAUUACUCUCAAACAGUCUCCACCAUCCUCCAAACACAGCCCCGAUGGGCUACUGACUCAUCCACCUACAUCCCCUAUUCCAACCAAUCAGCUUUUGCCAAGUGGACAAUCCGUGUGGACCACCACCUUCAGGUCCCACUUGAGGGCACAUCACAAUGGCUCCUAAAGUACAUUUUAUUUAGUGUACCACUUCUUCACACUAAGUACCGUGAUGAAAAUUCACCAAAAUUAAGGGAUGGUGAUGUUGCCACUCGGUUCAAAAAGGGUACCCCACAAGAUGAGCUUAGUGCUAACCAUGUCUUAGCUGAGCGGCGCCGCCGUGAGAAGCUUAAUGAGAGGUUCAUUAUACUAAGGUCACUAGUGCCAUUCGUGACCAAAAUGGACAAGGCCUCAAUAUUAGGUGACACAAUUGAGUAUGUGAAACAAUUGCGUAAAAAGAUUCAGGAUCUUGAGGCACGUAAUAGACAAAUGGAGGCUGAUCAACGGUCAAGAUCAACUGGAGACUUGCAAAGGUCUAGUAGUUUAAAAGAUCUGCGGGCCACUACUAGUGGGGUAACUUCGGACCGGACUCGGGCCAGCCUAUCCGGCAUAGAUAAGAGAAAGUUGAGAAUUGUGGAAGGGAGUGGUGGUGUUGCAAAGUCCAAGAUGGUUGUCGAGUCACCACCACCGCCGCCGCCGCCACCUCCACCACCUCCACCACCGCCACCUUCAUCACCACCAGCGACGCCAACAGGAACCUCGGUAGAAGUGUCAAUUAUAGAGAGUCAAGGGUUGUUGGAGCUCCAAUGUCCUUACAGAGAAGGGUUGUUACUUGAUAUCAUGCAAAAGCUCCGAGAGCUCCGAAUUGAGACCACAACAGUGCAAUCUUCAUUGAACAGUGGGUUCUUUGUAGCUGAAUUGAGAGCCAAGGUGAAAGAGAAUGUUAAUGGGAAGAAAACAAGCAUUGUGGAAGUGAAGAGGGCAAUAAAUCAAAUCAUACCCCAUACUGACUCUUAGAUAAUUGAAGGAUAUGAGUUGGGGGGGAAUCCGUAAAUUACUGACUUAUUGAAGUAGCAAUGUACAAUCUUUUAGUACUUGUGAGAUUUAGUAUUCGUUUCCCAAGCGUAACCUAACAAAGUGUAUGUUAGCAUAAAGGUUCAAGAAAUGCAAUAUAAAAUUGGUCUA